UUCUCACGUCUCUGCCUGAAAACAGCUGUCUGUUCUGUGAGAGAAAUUUCAGAGCUGCUGUUCAAAACUACAGUUCAGAGGAAGGAAAAGACAGAUGUACAAAUACUGAGCUGUAAAUCGGUGAGGGAUGAUGGCGUCUGUUAAAGAGCUGCUCCUGAAAUCACUGAAGAAACUGGAAGAACCUCAUCUGAAGGAGUUUCAGUGGCACUUAAAGAAUGAUCAUGAAUGCAUUACAAAGUAUGAAAUGGAGAAUGCAGACAGGUUAAAAACAGUGGAUAUGAUGGUGUUGUGUUUUGGACCAGACGAAUCUGUGAUGAUCACGGUCAGCAUGCUGAGGAAGAUGAACCAUAAUCAUCUGGCUGAGGAGCUGGAAAACAAACACAAGAAAGAACACAAGAAAGUUGACAGUCCAGCUCCUCCUCACGAUUACACAGAGAUCAGCCUCAGACUGAAGGACAAAUUAAAAUUGGACUACGAUCGGAUAUUGGUUGGUAAUUCUGAAACCGGUCACCGGGAAUACUUGAACGAUAUUUACACUGAUUUAUAUGUGGUGGAGAAUGAGACUGGAGGAAGAGUGAAUGACCACGAGGUGAUACAGAUUGAAUCAAAUCACAUGCGACUGACUGCCAAGGAGACGCCAAUCAAGUGUAAUGACAUGUUUAAAGUUCAGUGUGACACGGGUCGACAAAACAGAAAAGUGCUGACAGUGGGGAUUGCAGGAGUGGGAAAAACUGUCUCUGUCAAUAAAUUCAUCCUUGACUGGGCUGAAGGAACAGAAAAUCAGGAUAUAGUCUUCAUAUUCCCACUUCCAUUUCGUAGACUGAAUUUGAUUAAAGAAGAUCACAGUCUGAUAGAACUACUUAACAAAUACUUCUUCAGUAGUCCUGAAGAACUGUCCUCUCUUCCCAAAGGUGACGGUAAGGUCAUGUUCAUCUUUGAUGGAUUGGAUGAAUGUCGCUUCCCUUUGAGUUUUAAAGAGGAUGACAGCUUUACAGAUGUUAAUCAAAAAACAACAGUGAGUGUCAUAAUAACAAACCUUAUCAAGACACAUCUGUUUCCCUCUGCUCUCAUCUGGAUCACAUCCAGACCAGCAGCAGCCGGUCUGAUACCCCGAGACUACAUUGAUCAGGUGACUGAGGUACAAGGAUUCAACAAUGAGCAGAAAGAGCUAUACUUUAACAACAACAGCAGUCCUGAGGUUGCUGGAAACAUCAUCCAUCACAUCAGGAAAUCCAGGAGUCUGUACAUCAUGUGCCACAUCCCCAUCUUCUGCUGGAUCUCUCUCACUGUUCUUCAGCCUCUGCUGGCUCGAGAGAGCAAUGAUAAAACACCCACAACUCUCACAGAGAUGUACACAAACUUCUUACUUACUCAGCAACAACAAAUGGAAAGAAAAUUCUGUGAUUUUCCUGAACCUAAAGGCAACACCAGGUCUUUUGAACAGAUUAUUCUGAAGCUUGGGAAACUGGCGUUUCAACAGCUACAGAAAGGAAAUCUGAUUUUCUACAAAGAAGAUCUUGAGGAGUGUGGACUAGAUGUCAGUGAAGCAUCAGUGUACUGUGGGUUAUGCACUCAGAUGUUUCAGGAGGAAAAGGUUCCUAAAAGAAAUGUUUACAGCUUUGUACAUCUCAGCAUCCAGGAAUUCCUUGCUGCUCUCUAUGUGUUUUUGGUUCACAAAGACAGGAAAGCCAACCCAUUUCUUGAAUCCUGGAAAAAGAAACUGUCGUGGACAGUGUCCAAAAAGCCACUGUUUAAACUUCAUAAGACUGCAGUCAAGAAGGCUUUACAAAGCCAUAACGGACACCUGGACCUUUUCCUUCGGUUCCUCCUGGGUCUCUCACUGGAAUCCAAUCAGAUUUACCUGAAGGAGAUAGUACCAAGAUUGGAGCUCAAAACAGAAAGUGUCAAAGACACUGCUGACUAUAUCAAAAAGACUAUAGAGAGGGAGGAAUCAGUAGAGAGGACCAUCAAUCUCUUCCACUGUCUGAGUGAACUGAAUGAUGACUUUGUGGAGGAAAUCCAGAGAAAUCUGAGCUCAGGAAGUCUUUCAGCACAGAAUCUCUCCUCUGCUCAGUGGUCUGCUCUGGUGUUUGUGCUCCAGAUGUCAGAAGAGACUCAAGAGAAGUUCGAACUUCAGAAAUACAGAAGGUCUGAUGAAGCACUGAUAAGACUGCUGCCAGUGAUCAAAAACACCAGAAGAGCACUGCUACAGUUUUGUAAUCUCACAGCUCAGUGUUGUGAGAGUUUGUCUUCAGCUCUACAAUCCUUAAACUCAUUCCUGAGAGAGCUCGACCUGAGUAACAAUGAGUUGCGGGAUUCAGGAGUGAAGCCUCUUUCUGAUGGACUGAAGAGUCCCAACUGUAUGUUGGAGAUACUAAGAUUUUCCACAUGUAAUCUCACUGCUCAUUCUUGUGAGAUUUUGUCAUCAGUUUUACAAUCAUCAAACUCCGUCCUGAGAGAGUUGGACCUAAGUAACAAUGACCUGCAGGAUUCUGGAGUGAAGCUUCUUUCUGAUGGACUGAAGAGUCUAAACUGUCAGGUGAAGAUACUGAGGUAAAUGUUUUAUCACAAACAAAUGACUAAAUGACAUUUUGUCAAAAUGUCAGAACGAGAAAAACACAUUUGCUGGUAUUGAUUUUUCUGAUGUCUGUAUUUUCUUCCCUGAGAAGUAUGACUCAUUUAAACUGUGUAAAUCAUCAGCAGAACUGACUGAGCUAGCAGUGCCAUCUAGUGGCUCUGUGUGCACAAGACACCCUUAACAUCUCAGACUGGGUCCAAAAUUAAAGGUGCCAUAUGUAAUAUUGACAUUUGACAUUGACUAGUGGUUAAAAUGGGUACUGCAGUCCAAAUUUAAAAUAUUGGAGACAGUUGUUCCCCCACCCCUUCCUACUUAGACUUGUAUAGUUGAAAAUAAAUAAACUUCUGAGGGUGUUUUUGGGCCCUGGAGAAGUUUUAAUAUUCCCUGAUGUGUGCUUAUUUCAAUUUCUUAUAAACAUAUCUGUCAGCCUUUUUAAUUUUCAGUUCUACUG